AUGAAAAAGCCUGCUGCCCAGGAGCAGGCCUUGCCUGAGCAAGGCAACGAGAAGAAGCCUGAGCAAGGCAAUGCCGGCAACGGCGGCUUGCCUGCAGAAGGCACACUAGUGAAGGCUGAGCCCAAAAGCCCAGCCAAGGCUCCCCCGGUGAAGCUGGAGUUGGUGAGCCCGAAGAAAGGGGCUAGCCCGAAAAGGGCUACCUCGGCUGCCGCCAAGGCUCACCCGAAAAUCGGGCAGUCCGAAGCGAAGAAGAUGAACCAGAAACUGAAGGCUUUGGCCAAGGCCGGCAAGACGGCCCUGCCUGACGCUUUUGCUAAGUGCAAAAGCCAGGCAGAGAAGAGACAGUUUUUUUACGAGGUGUAUCUGCUGGAUCCCGAAAUCUCUGAGAGGAGGGUCGCGAAGACAGACGUGCAAGCAGAGGAGGACAGAGACGACACCCAGAAGGGCUGGUUCACAGACGACGAGAUCGCCGGCUUCAAAGGGAUUUUCCCUCACUCGAGUGACUACUCUAGCCUGAAGAAGGCUUGUGUUCAGGACUUGCUCGAGAGAGAGCAUGAGGAUGAGAACUUAGCCAAGUUGGGAAUCAAGCAGUACUACUUCGAGCACUGCAAGACUUUCAGCAGCAGCUCCAAGAAAAGAGAGCUUCAGCUGGAGGAGAACGUUGGGGACGUGGGCCAGGAGGAUUUUGAGGAAAUCCGCAAGAAGCUCAAGGGUGCGGCCACCCAGAAGAUGAUUAGCAAAGGCCAGUCCGGCAGGUUGCCAGGAGAAGGCAAGGAGAAGGAAGCCGAGGUUCGCAUCGACCAUGAGCAGAACUACAAGGACCAGCGAAAGAAGCUCACUGGCCAGCUCACCCAAGUGAGCACAGAACUGGCAACUGUGGAGCUGCUCAAGGUCUCGCUUGACCACAAGAAGCACAAGAUGGCAACCGUGGUGCUGGCACAGGUGGCAGAGUUGGAGUCGAAGUUCUAUUCCUGCAAAAAGGAAGUGAUGGACAGCCAGCACAAGUUCCCCACUCAGCCCGAAAAGGAUCACGAAAAGUUGGCCAGCAAUCUGGCGGAAGUCGUGGCAAGCAUCUCUGAGAAGUUGAAGCCUCUGAAAAGGGAGCUCUCAUCGCACAAGAAGUGGGAUGAAGAGAAUGCCGCCUGCAGCUUUUCGCAAAGCCCCAACUCUGGGGCAUUUAGCUUUGACUCUGGACGAGCAAUUGCAGGGCCCACCAAGAAACGAUUGAGGGAUGAGGCUUCGGAUACCUCUGAGGAGUUUACUGACUAUGCCAUGGGACUUUAUGGCAGGAAUAUCUUGUGCCAGCCUGCACAAGGCUCCAAAACUUGGAUCGCUGCGAAGGAAAUCAAGCAGAAGUUGGGAUGGGGCGAGGAAGCAGUGAUUCCUUUUGCCCUCCACGGCGAUGGUGUGCCUGUGCAAGGCACUAUGAGAAAGGAAGGGCUUGAUUUCCUGACGAUCAAUCUUCCCGCAGCUCAAGAUGCCAAGCACAGAUCCCCUGUUCCCUUCACGUUGUUGCAGAACGAUUUUCACUGGGAGUAUGAAACCAAAGACAGCAUACUCAAAGUGCUUCUCUGGAGCAUGCAGUGCUUGAAGGAAGGGAAAUUCCCCAGCUGCAGACAUGAUGGAAGCCCGUGGCUCAAAUCCGACAAGCAAAGGCGAACAUAUGUUGGGAGGGACUUGCCUGCAAAAGGCAUUCUCGUGGAGAUCAGGGGCGAUUGGGACUGGCUGAACAGUUGGUACAACAUUCCGACAUACAACACCAAAAGUGGUAUGUGCUGGCUGUGCAAGACCACGUUUGAGACUUUCAGAAACUGCACAGCGAAUGAAAGAAAUUCAGGCCUGAGCAAGGCCGAAUUCUUGACCAGAGUUCGCAACAUGGGCAAGCCGGUGUGCCCACUGUGGCACUGGCCAGAAUUGGCCCCUCGAACGUUGAUUUUGCCUGAUUGGCUUCAUGCCGUCGACAUGGGUAUUUCGGCCGAUAUUGCUGGGCAGCUCUUGCUCGAGCUGGCUGCGAAAUAUGAAGGCAGAAGUCUCAAGGAUAGGGUUUCGAGCCUGUGGCUAGAUGUGCAAGAGCUUUACAAAGAACACAUGGUGACGGACAGGCUGCACAAGUUGACACCUGAAGUGCUAAACAAAGGGAAAAAAAGCACGGGUCCGCCGACCCUCAAAUGCCCAGCAGCCACGGUGAGGCACAUGAUGCCUUUGCUUCCGAUUUUGACAGGCAAGCAUUUUGCCGUAGGCAGCGAUCACGAAGUGGCUUGCCACAAGCUGGCCAAAUUUUUGGCCAGAGUCUACAACAAAGUGGAAACGAAUGAGCACUCUGGCUUGGACAAGGCCUCUGCCAAAGUGGCUAGCCAGUAUAUGGCUUUGGAGAAGGAAGCACUCGAAGCAGAGGACUCUUUGAACUGGCAUAUCAUGCCCAAGCUGCAUCAAUUCCAACACAUCUGUGAAAGCGGUUUCAAUGCCAAGGAUUUUUGGUGUUAUUCAGAUGAAACCCUGGGAGGGCACUUAGCACAGCUCUUCCUUCGCAGAGGUGGUGCAAACAAUCCCGGCGAAAACUGUGGCGAGCAACCUGCGCCUGGAAGCGCCCCUGGUGCGCUGCGACUCAGCAUCGAAGGAGGCACCCAGGGCGUGCUGGUGAACGCCACCCUGCGGGUCAACGGGGCCGUGGCCCCCGAGGCGUCGCUGCCCUUCCUGUCCCUCUCGGGGGGCACCAGCGGCGUGCAGGUCCUCGCCCCCUUGCUGGAGCAAAUCGCCGUGGGGCCGCCGAACGGCACCGUGGGCACGGUGAUCCGGAACGCCGCGCCGACGGGCGAGGUGCAGCUGCUCCUCGACGCGAACAAUCAGACCUGCGUGGCGGAGCUCAAGGCCCUGGCCGGGGGCGGCGUGCAGCUCAACACCUUCCAGCAGUUCAUAAGCUUCAACAACACCACGGGGCUGGCGAACCUGGCCAUCGAGCCCAACAUCGGGGGCAGCAACGACGGAGAGGAAGAGCUCGAGAGACCUGCACAGGUUGGCUUCGAAAGAGUGCGAAAAAAGAGGGCUGAAGAGUCCCGCCUCGUAGCUCGCGGAGCCGUCACCGCCUGCCUAGAGACGAGGGUGGACCAUCCGGGCUCAUCCGCUGCUCAGGGCGGCACGGUCGACUGCGUCGGCUCCUUGCCACCGCAGGGCACUCACAGGGCAGCCUUGUAA